CCCCAGUAUCACUUUCCUCCGUAUCUGUCACUUUAUUUCUCUCUUCGCCUCUCCCUUUUUGUCUCUCUCCUCCCAGCCCCGUAUCUCUUUCCCUAUAACUCCUCUCUCUCUCUCUCUGCAUCCCUCUAUUCUUGAAUCUCUCUCUCUCCUCCUGCACCUCUGUUCUUGAAUCUCUCUCUCCCCUGCUGACGUCUAUCCAGUUGCCUCUCCCCCUCCGCCGUUCUCAGUUAUUUUUUUCCGCCGGUUUUCUCUCUGUUUCCAACGGGCGGUCUCCCGGUAUCAGUCCAUUUGAUUUGCUCGGCUCUUCCAGGCGGUGCCGAGCCACCUCUCUCCUUGCCCUUUGACGUUGUUUAGGCUCCGCCGCUGAGCUCCUGCUGCAGGGCCGCCUGCUCCGCCGCCAGGUUCUUUGACAGAGAAAUAUCAACCAGUCUUCAGACCACUGACUAAGUAUUCCUCCUCAACGGCCCAUCAGCAGGUCUCAAAAGCAGAAGGAGCGGGAGCAGCAGGGGGAAGUGACGACGACCAGAGGGGCAGCCGGGAAGGAAAGCAAUUGCAGAGAACUUUCCUGGAAACAAAAGAGAGGGUGGGCAUCACUGGCAAGUCCAAUAUUUGUUGUUCAUCCCUAAUUGCACUUGAGAGCCGUUGAGAGUCAGCUGCAUUGCUGUGGAGCUGGAGCCACAUGUAGGCCAGACUAGAAAAUUGACCUGUUGAAUAAACUGUGACAAUGUCAACAAACAACAUAGCUCAGGCAAGGAAAAUGGUGGAGCAGUUAAGGAUUGAAGCUGGUAUUGAAAGGAUUAAGGUAUCAAAGGCGGCUGUAGAUUUGAUGAACUACUGUGAACAACAUGCAAGAAAUGACCCAUUGCUUGUUGGAGUCCCAGCCUCUGAAAAUCCCUUCAAAGAUAAAAAACCUUGCACCAUUCUAUAGCUGCUACCAGCCAUCUUUUCUUAAACUGCCCACAGCAUCAGAGAACCUGCCAAGAAUUUCUGUUGGUAUUCAGACCUUGAGAAGCAAAUGCAGCUUCUGAAAUGCAGGACUGCUGUGGAAGUGUGUUUUUAAAAUAGGGGAAAAAGAAGUUGGAUUCUGUUUGUUUGUCAAUUAAGCAUGUUUCUGGAAGUGAAGGGAAGAAGAUAUUAGAGGCAACAGAAAUGGAAAAUGAUUGCUAUUUUGGACUUCUAUGAUAGAUUUUCUGAUUGUAAUAUUAUGAUCUUAGGUUUAAAAAACACUCGGCAAAGAUAGUUCUGCCUAAAAAUUCUUUUAAAGGUUUAUGUGUAAAGAGUGUACAUUUGGAAGAUGAUGAUAUAGUUUGGGCAAUAACACAUUAAGCAAAGGGAGCAAUUGGCUGCUUCCAUUGCAUUUUUAAAUGUCACAUUGUUCAUCUUUAUUGUCAUUAGCAAUGUUCUAUGUAGCAGUAUAGUUUUACUUAUUCCACCUUUUAAAUUCCAUAUUUACACUACCAAAGUACUUGCCAAGGUAACCAAUGUAAAUAAUCAAUAUUUUAUUCAUUUUUCUUCAUCUGUUUUCUUAAUGAGACCUGCUAGUUACAAUUUAACCCUAAAAAAGCCCAAACUGUAGAAUAAUUUACAAUUAUUUGUGCUAAACAUUAUUAGGUCAAAUUGAAAAUUUUGAAUUUAGCCAAUGCAAAUAUUUGAUACCCUCAAAAGCAACACCAGGGGGCACCAUACAACCCACAUGGUAUGCAUGGGGAUGUAGGCAAAUUGUUUCUCCUAUCUCUGAACAUAAACUUUCUUUACUCCAUUUAAAUGAAUGAAUUAUCCAACAAUAUUGAGCAUAAACCUGACGUUAUUGCCAUGAGAGUAUCGCACAUCAUAUUUGAUGAACCUCAACUAAUCUAUAUUUUAGUUAAACAUAAAAUGUUUCACUAAGUCAUACUGUUAAUUUAAAAACUUCUGGAAAUCAUGCUUAUUGAGUUUUUAUUUAAUACUUAAAUUCUGAUCUAGUAUUUGCAGUACUGUUCUCAAUAUGCACUUAAGGUAAUGAGAGAAGAAUCUUCUGCAUGACAGCUGUAGAUUGAUAAAAUUUCUAGGAAUGUCAAUUUAAAACUAAAGCAAAGAUUAAGAAAGAAAUAUUUGUCAAUGUAUCAAGUGAGCCAUAGCUCUUCACUUGUCCUUGUUCAUUACAACAAAUUUCUUGAGGAUUACAAACUGUCAUCACUUGCCAAAAUCCAUCAAAUUGCCAAGUAAUUUAUGACAUAGAGAAGUGUUCGAAAACUUUAGAAACCACAGUUCUGUUUGUGUUUAAAUUUUAUUAUUGUAUUUGAAGAUGUGUAAAACAUUUGCCAAGACGUUUCUGUUUAAUGCCUUUAAACAGGUUGCAUGUGCAUUGUACUUCCAGCUGCCUUGCAUUGUUGCCUUUUAUUCUCAGCUGUUCGGUGUUAGUUAAGCCUGCCAUAAAUUUAAUUAAAACCUUUUCUUGAACCACAUCAUCUCAUCAAGAAUACCAUCACAAAUUUCUUUACAAGUUACUGUAUUAUGAAUUGCUAUUUACAGAUGUCUGUAUACAAAUAAAAAUGACCAUUUCUCAUAAAAAAUACUUAAAGCAUUUAAAAAUGUAGUUGUGCAAUAUAAAAUUCUGGAAAGCUGUUAUUUCGGUAACUGGAAGUAGAGACAUGUGGUUUGUGGUGAAAUGUAGAUUUUGGAGACACAAUCUUGCAGUACCAUGUCAACCAUGUGCUUCCCUCCACUUUUAACUCCUUUUCUUUUACGGUGCCUUUUUAUUUGCAGAACAGAGAAAUAUCUUUUGUUAGUGAUACAAAUUGCAGUAUUUCCUUUAUCAUGCCAAUUGAAUACCUGUACAUUGAGACACUUAACUGCAGUAAAAAAUAAUAUUUGUGAAUCUAUCAACAUUUCAUAAUUUCAUAAACUGUUGUUUGAGAUGUAUUACAAAUUUUUUUUUGAUUUUACUGA